UGUAAAAUAAUGCUGUUUCAAUAUCUAAGUUUAGCAAUGUGAAACAUGUCAUAAACCAAGUACAUCAGAAAAGUCAUGGCUGCACUGGUAACAGAGAGGGUUUUCUCUGGGUCCAUGGAGGAUCUUCCUGCUCAAGUGUCCAAUGUGGUUCAGGUCUUCAUCAGCUCAACGUUCACAGAUUUUCAAGAAGAGCGAAAUUGGAUUAUGAAACAUGCAGUGCCAAGGCUGAGAAAAUUUUGUCAGGAAAGGGGACUGGAUUUUCAGAUUGCUGACAUGCGGUGGGGUGUUCGAGAAGAUGCCAUUGAUGAUCACAGGACCACAGAAAUGUGUCUGCAUACCAUCCAUGAGUGUCAGAGAAUUUCGCGCGGGCCUAACUUUGUGGCAUUUCUGGGAGACAAGUAUGGCUUCCGCCCCUUUCCCUCCGAGAUAGAAGAGGAGGAGUUUAAACUAUUGAAGAACGCAGCAUUGAAGCUGGGCCAAGAUCCUGCAUUGUUGCUGACCUGGUUCAAGUGUGACUACAACAUGGAACCAACCAUGUACUGCCUUCAGCCAAUCAGCUCUCAAUAUUCACACUACUUUGACAUGAGCCCUGCCAACUCCAUUCUGAGACAACAGGCACAGAAAGACUGGUGGAACACAGUGGAGAAACUUACUGGAUUGCUCCGUAACACCGCAGAUAGCCUUCAUUUUGAGGGGAAGCUUUCCUUUGCACAGAGGCACAAAUAUUUCAUGUCAGUGACAGAAAGCGAGGUCCAGGAAGGUCUUCUGUCAGGUGUGGAGGUUAAACACAAGGCAGUCUGCUUUAUACGCAGGCUAGAUGGCAUUGAACCAACACACUAUAUUUCAGGCCGGUUCACAGACCUGAAAGAUGGCGGUGUUGAUUUGGAGGCCCAGGAACUGAGAGAGAGGCUGUGUAUGGAACUUGUACCAUCUGUUAUACCGCCCAGUCAGCUGUACCGUUAUACCGUACCAUGGGAUGGGAACAAGGGAGUCAGCACUGCAAACGAAGAUCAAAAUAGGUACAUCAAUCAGCUAGGGGAAGACUUUAUUACGAGCCUAGAAGAAAUUAUCAAACAUGAACUAAAUGAGUCUGAGACCGCUAGAUUCAGGACCCCACUGUUUGAGGAAAUACUUCAUCAUGUCAGCUUUGCCAAAACCAAAUGUACAACAUUUUGUGGCAGAGACAACCUCAUUAAAGAAGUCCAUGAUAAAGUGAACAAGUCCUUUACUUUAGAUGAUGAUAUUGCUGAGGUUAAAACAGAAGAUGCAGUUCUCAACAUGAAUAAAGCAAUGGAGGAGGCAGUUAAACAACAACAACUGGCUAUGUCUGCCUACUUAAAGUCUAUUGGGGUGACAUAUGUUGUUGGAGACGAAUAUACUGAUAUGGAGAGUGAUUCAAAACACAACCCUCGAGAUACUUUUACCGAGAUUCCAGUUCACACAAAGUUUAAUAGACCUUUGAUUAUUAUCGGGAAAUCUGGCUCCGGUAAGACAGCCAUAAUGGCAAAACUUUUUCAGACCUCUCCUUCUUUUCUGUCCCCUUUGAAAUCCAUUACUAUGGUACGUUUUUUAGGGACAUCGACAAUGAGUACGAGCAUACGAGAGACACUGAUAACUCUGUGCGAGCAAAUCAGGACCCUUUACAAAGUUCAGGACCCGUUUGGUCUAGAUUUUGAAUCCGACUACCAGUUUCUGGUUCGCUACUUCGCAUCACUGCUUUGGAGGAUAAAUACCACCAACAGGCCACUCACGAUAAUUCUAGACUCCGCCGACCAGUUGAACGUGGCCGACCACGCCCACCUGUUCAACUGGCUGCCACACAAGCUACCAGUCACUGUGCGAAUGAUAGUCUCCUUGGUAACGGAUAGGACUGACUGCUUGACCAAUAUCAGACUGGUUUUCCCAUUUGUCGAUCGGUUUGUUGAGAUAACUGAUCUAGACAGAGGGGUAGCAGACAAUAUUAUCAACAUGACGAAUAAGGCACAACACCGCCACCUGUCAAAGAAACAGAAGAAUUUUGUAUUGGAGCAGUUUGCCAAAUGCUGUCUGCCUCUGUAUUUGAAAGUGCUGGUAGAUAUGUCCUUGUCAUGGCGUUCCUACACUGACCUAGACCCUGGGUCGUUGGGUUCAAGCAUCAAAGAGGCGAUCAAAUUCCUUUUUAACAAUCUGGAGAAGGCUCAUGGAGAGGUUUUGGUCAGAAAAAGCUUGGGGUACCUGUGUGCGGCCAGAGAUGGGUUGUCAGAGAUCGAAAUAGAAGACCUCCUGUCAUUGGAUGAUGAGGUUCUUCAAGACACCUACAUCUACCAUCUUCCCCCUGACCCUGAGGUGAUACGCCUUCCACCAUUACUAUGGAAACGAGUCCAGUUUGACAUCCGAGAGUACGUUGUAGAGCGACAGUCUGGAGGGCGCAAGGUGAUUGGCUGGUACCACAGGCAAUUUUCGGAGGUGGCGUACGAGAGGUUCUGCAAUAAAGAUGUGAGACAACACCUACACAAGGCUCUCGCAGAAUAUUUUCAGGGAAUCUGGAGCACACAGUGUAAACCCCUCCAGCUAAUAAAAGGAAAAAAGGGCAGCUACACGAAAGCUGUGAGACAGGUUCCAUCCCAACCAAUCAAAAUCAGUGAGACUCUGUACAACACGCGAAAGCUGACCGAGCUACCCCACCAUCUUAUCAACAGUGGCCAGUUUGAAACAGUCCUCAAUGAGCUUUUUUGUGACCCAGAUUGGCUCUAUGCCAAGUGCUUGAUUCUGACCUUGACCUCUGUCAUGGAAGAUUUGAAGCUUGCAGAUGCACUCUGCAAUGAAUUGUUGAGAUCCAAAAUGGCAGGAAUUAAAGCGUCAAGUUCAGGGAAGCAGAAAAAUACGCAAGAUGAGGUUGUCUUGGAGACGGAAAGGAAAGUUCUGGAAGGAAUUCGCUUGGUGUCAAGAAUGAUUCUUUUAGCAGCUGACAGUAUAAGGAAGGAUCCAGUCAAUCUGCCAGUGAUGCUUCUAGCUCAGUUUGGACCAGACUACUCCGGAAAUGAAUACAUUGAAGGUCUUGUCAGACGUUGUCAGGACUGGUGUUCCGGUUUUCGUUCUCCUCUGCUGGUUCCGGUUCUAGAGUGCAUGUCAAAACCUACAGGGAACCAACAGUACUCAAUAUCUGUGGACCUCUCCCUUAUAGGGGAGGACCGAGAUCCUCACUACAGACCCGCGUUCCUGCGUGAUGACCUUGGUCAGUUGUAUGUUGUUGAACAGAGGUCAUCGCAGCGUUGUGACCGCAUCUGUGUGUUUGAUCUCCAUGACAACGGGUCCUGCAUCGUCAAGGACGAUAUUGGAAUGUUCAUUAGAAAUAUACAGUUUGUGGGGGGAAGCAAAUAUUUACUUCUGGAUGUGUACACAAAAGUAAGCCGGUAUUCUCCUGAGUCUGAACACCGGUUGUAUGAACGAUCUACUUCUGCACCCAUACAGUUUCCCCACCCAGUAGGCUGUAUUGUGGUCUCGAACGAGGGGAAAUUUAUUGUCUGCUCAAAUGAUACAGGCAUCACUAAUGGGGUGGAAAACAAGUAUGCUGGCCUGGUUGACAUCAAUAACGGAAAAAUGGUUGGUAAGGUACCAGAAGGUUAUAAAGGUCCUUACUCGAGCGCUAGAGUGUUCGGUACAGAGGACAUAUACUAUGCUGUAGGUGUAUGGAACAAUCCCAAUGUUUCCAUCUGCUAUGCAGGCACAGUAAAUGAACCAUUAGAGGAGGCAGUUGUGAUCCAUGUUCUGAUUGGUCAUAAUGGACCAAUGAGAGAUACCCUUGUAGACAGCAGUCUGGAGCUGUUAAUAACUCUAUCAGCUGACAACACAGUGAAGGUUUGGGACCUCAAGGCAAUACUGCACAAGUUCCGUAGCGAGAUGCAGGUGCUUGAGAGGGCACUACGCCAAUCUGCGGUCUUAGAGAACGGUGAGGACCAUGUGACGCUACGUGACGUGGCGGCGCUCUACCAGCCAACAGGUGUUGCCACCAUGAAGUACCAGACGACAACACUGGCUCUAAACAGGUCCGGCGAGAGUGUGUAUGUGGGAACUGAAGGCGGACGUCUGCAGGUGUAUGAAACAGACACCGGUAAACAGUCUUUGGACCUGAAACUUGAGAUUGGUCAUGUGACCAAGAUGGAGCUGUCGAGGGAUGGACGAUACAUGAUAGUGGCGGGAAAUCGACAUAUCCAUGUGGAGGAUUUAUAUUCCCAAGCUCGUCGGGUGUUGGAGGCGAGGGGUGAGGUGACCUGUAUGGCAGAGGCCAACCAUGUCCUGGUUGCAGGAAGUGCAGGGAUGGAGGCCAAGGCUCGUGUCUGGAACAUCGUCACUGGUGAGAUCCUAAAAGACUUUGAGCUGCUGUAUUCAUUGAACUGUGUUGCCAUCAAUAGCUCUGGAACAAAGAUUGUGUCAUCCAUGUUUGAGUUCCCCAUAGUGGUCUCCAUUGAUAACAGCACACAGCAGGGAGUUGACAUGGAAAGUAUGGACAUAAUGAUGACUGGAGCAUGCAGUUGUGCAAUCAGCCAUGAUGACAAAAUGGCAGCUAUGGGCGCAACAGAUGGUGCCGUACGAGUUAUUGCCAUGGAGACAGGAAAGUACUUGUUUCGAUUGCAACAAAAGUCAUCAGCUGUGUGCCUUGUGUUUGCUACUGACGGUGUGCAGUUGUUGUCGGCCGGGUAUCGGACAAUUUACGUGUGGUCAACUGUGGAUGGCACUUGCAUGUACAAGCUUACCCGACACUUGGACUUUGUGAAUGACAUGAAGUUUGAUACAACUGGUCAGUUCUUGGUGACAAUAUCACGUGACAAGCAAGUGGUAUUAUGGGAUUACACUAGACGUGUUUCCAUAGCAACAUUUCCAGCAAACUGCCAGGUCCAAGCCGUUGACAUCUCGUCUGGAGCCACUGUGAUUGCGUACAUUCCCAAAGGAAUAUCAGACCUGGCGAUCCUCCAACCCAACCACACCACCCUCGAAACUCUGGCAGGAAAACCCCGUCCACUACACCUUCCAACACAAAUGCAGGCGUUGGCUCAGACUUUCUCCAAUCUUUCACCUGCUAAUGGUCCUGGUAAAGCCAGCAAGUCAUGUGAAAUCAUGUAGAAUAUAUAUUUUGGGGUUUUAUUUCGGAAUAAAACACUUAAAAAAAAAAAUAUUUAAGCAGAUUGAAUAUUGUGUAGUGUUUUACCUUCUCGGAGAGUUUAUAAAAAAUAGUUAGGAAAGAGGUAUAAACAUUAAAAUAAUUUUUCAUAUGUACAUUGAUAUUCAUGUAAGUCUUUUUUUUUAAUGUUAAAAAUCAUGAUGCCCGUGACAUGUUAAUACUUUAAUGAGAAUAAAUAUUUUGUGGACAAAAUUUUUCACAGAUUUUCUUUUGUGUUAAAAUAUUAUUAUUUUGUCCAUAUUUUUCUGAUAAUAAUUUGCCUACUAAGUGAUUAUAAUCAGUAAGAAACAUGCACUUCCUUACAUAUUAAAGAAUACAAGUUCAAGCAGUGUAGGAGGCUGACCUAAACAUUCAUCAUUCAAGCCUUGUUCUGAGAAAACUGGGCUCAAAGCAUAAUGUGUAAUCAAAGCUAGCCUGUGAAGUCUGCAGGCUCAUUAGGGACGAGACUUUCUGCUUGAAGGGCAGAUUUCAUUUUAAGGAAAACUCUUCUCACUGAAAAUCCAGUGUAGACACAGUGAGGCUGCACAGGCUAACCAUGGACCACUCUUUAUGCACAGGCCUUAAGCCUGUUUUUUUAGAACAAGGCUAAUUUUUAUGUCCCCCACCACUAUAGUGGGGGACAUAUUGUUUUUGCCCUGUCUGUCUGUUGGUUGGUUUGUUUGUUUGUUUGCUUCAACUUUAACAUUUUGCCAUAACUUUUGCAAUAUUGAAGAUAGCAACUUUAUAUUUGGCAUGCAUGCUUAUCUCAUGGAGCUGCACAUUUUGCGUGGUGAAAGGUCAAGGUCAAGGUCAUCCUUCAAGGUCAAAGGUCAAAAAAACAAAUCCAAGGGAAGUAAUAAGCUUUAAAGGGAGAUAAUUAUCUGAACCUGCCAAAUGAUAAAAAAAAUCAAAGCGGCACAGAAGGGGACAUUUCUGACAAACACAUUUCUUGUUUCUCAUGUGGCUUAUUCGUUCUUCUACUCAACUUAGCCUGUUGAUAUUCGGUUAAAAGGCUUAGUAGUUGUACUGAUGUCAUUUCCUUGUUUAUUGUUGCACAAAUAUUGUCUACUGAAUGUGUAUUUUAUUGUUAAUACUCAGUCCAUAUGCAUUCGCAUGGUAUUUAAACAAUUCUCAACAUUGCUAACAUUUUGCAGACAAAGUACACUAUUUUAAGUUGAGGAUGUGAUAUUAUUAAUUCUACCUGAGCAUAUAUUUAAAUGUGACAGUGUACAUGUGUUUAACAUUAUCUGAAUCUUUGAUCUGACAUACUGUUUAGUUUUGCAGUUAUUUGAACCAGAAUCUUUGCUAAAAAUGAUAUGAAGAUUCAUUGAACAUUGUGUCCUAAUACAAAAUAUGAUAAAAUAAAAUAUUGCAUGUUUUAUGUGUUGAACACGACAUUGUAUAUAAGAAAUAAUGUUUGACAUGUGAAUGGUAUAUUCAAUGCUUACUAGAAGUAAAAUACAAUAAAAAUUAGUUGUAUUUCUUGAGAUACUGGCUCCAUGUUUUCUCUGUUAGUAGUUUGCUGUGGUCAUGUGCGCUGUUUGUUUAGUUUUUCUGUCCAUAAUUUACAUCUUGCUGGUGUUAAGGUGCAGUAAUAAGUUUUAUAUCUUCUUUUGAAAUGAUCUCCGUAUAACCAGAGCAGUUCUAUUGGACAAUAUGGCCUAAUGCAUGUACAUUAAGUAUGGCAUAAAGAAUUCUGCAUUGGCUCAUCAGAGAUGACACUUUCCGACUAGACUAUACUUUCAUUAAACCCAUCCAUAAAAUGGUUAGGUUAAGGGAUAGGCUAAUCAUUAUUUAAUUUACCAUACUUAAAGCCCGCAUCAAGCCGUAGUUUCCCAGAGUGCGGUUCAU